UUGCUGAUAAAGAGGAAUAAUGUGGCAGCUCGCGGCCUGUAAGUGGAAGUGAGAUAGAAACAACUGGAACAGAAGCUAUAGAUGAAUUGCAUUCUCAGGGCCGAUGGAUAGAAAAGAGCCAUAGCAAUACUAUAAUUCCACGAAGGAAAUUAAAAAAGCGAAUCAGACGUAACGCGAACUGGAUAGCAUUUAAAGAGAAUUAAUACUCGUAUUUAUAAACAUAUAUAUUGAAUCUGAUCGCCAUUUUGGCGAUUAGCCUGGGAUUUGUGGAAAUGAAUAUUCUAAUUUGUUGUGUACUAUCAAUAACAAUUUUUGAAAUAUCGUCAGCGUCAGCUUCGUCAUCAUUAGGCAAUGGAUUGACUUCAUGGAUUCAACAAGAAGAUAGGAUAAAAAGAAGAGCGUCGGCCCUUAAGAUUAACCUGACGGAAACUGACAUGAAUGUGGGAUACUUGAAUAGCAGCAGCAGUAGUGUAAUCACACAUGUGGCUAGAUUUGAUACGACGCUAAAUCAUUUAUUAGUGGACACAAUAACGGGACGCGUCUUUGUUGGGGGCGUGAAUCGUCUGUAUCAGCUAUCACCAGAUUUGGAGCUGCACGAAACGGUGAAGACGGGUCCGCAGAACGAUUCUGUGGAAUGCACAAUACUCGAUUGUCCGCUAAAUGCUAUUCGAAAGCCAACCGACAAUUACAACAAGGUCUUGCUCAUAGACCGUGCGACAUCUCGGUUGAUUGCUUGUGGGUCCUUGUUUCAGGGUACGUGUACGGUGCGCAAUCUACAAAAUGUUAGCAUCAUUGAGCACGAAGUGCCUGACGCCGUUGUUGCCAACGAUGCCAACUCAUCGACGGUGGCAUUUAUUGCACCCGGACCGCCGCAGCAUCCGGUGACAAAUGUUAUGUAUGUUGGCGUUACCUACACCAAUAACUCACCAUAUCGCAGCGAGAUACCAGCCGUAGCAUCGCGCUCAUUGGAAAAGUCAAAGAUGUUUCAAAUAGCCUCAUCGGCGGUGACAACCGGCACGCGCACCUUCAUUAAUUCGUAUGCCCGAGAAAACUAUUUGGUCAACUAUGUGUACGGCUUUAGCUCGGAGCGCUUUUCAUAUUUCCUCACCACUCAGCUGAAGCACAGUCACCAUUCGUCGCCGAAGGAGUAUAUCACGAAAUUGGUGCGAAUAUGUCAAGAGGACUCGAACUACUAUUCGUACACUGAGAUUCCGGUUGAAUGCAUUAGUGAGGCUCAGGGCGGUAUUAAGUUCAAUCUCGUUCAAGCUGGAUUCUUGGGAAAACCAAGCCUAGACCUAGCCCAAAGCCUAGGCAUAUCGAUUCAGGACGACGUCCUCUUCGCUGUCUUCUCGAAGGGGGAAAGCAAUACACCGACCAACAGUUCAGCACUCUGCAUAUACUCAUUGAAGUCGAUUCGUCGCAAAUUUAUGCAGAAUAUCAAGUUCUGCUUCAACGGAAAUGGCAUGCGGGGACUUGAUUUCAUAUCUCCCAGCAUGCCUUGUGUUCUAACGAAACUACAAACGAUCGGGGAAGAUUUUUGUGGAUUGGAUGUGAAUUCACCGUUAGGCGGGGAACAGCCAAUCACAGCGGUUCCAGUUGCAAUGUUUAAUACGCUUCUAACGUCUGUGGCGGCGACAAGCACGAGCGGCUACACAGUUGUAUUUAUUGGCACCGUCGAUGGAUAUAUUAAAAAAGUUGUGGUUGAAUCGUCGACUAUUGCGAACGAAUAUGCGAGUUUGGCCGUUGAUGUUGGGUCACCUAUCAAGCAGGAUAUGCAGUUCGACAAUCAAAAUCUGUAUGUGUACGCGAUGUCCGACCGUAAGGUGUCGAAGGUGAAGGUCUAUGACUGUGCCGACUUUAGGACUUGCGGCGAGUGCUUGGGCGCCCGUGAUCCCUAUUGCGGGUGGUGCUCAUUGGAGAACAAGUGCAGUCCCCGCUCCAAUUGCCAGGACGAUGCCAAUGACCCACUGUACUGGGUGAGCUACAAAACGGGCAAGUGCACGACAAUCACCAGCGUGGUGCCGCAUCAGCUGCAGCGAACUACCGCGCGCACCUUAGAGUUGAUCAUUGACCAUUUGCCGCAACUGAAGGAGAACCUAAUAUGUGCCUUUACCACCGAGGACAAAGCGCUCUUUACAAAUGCAACGAAGAAGCGAAAUGGGGUUAACUGCACAACUCCGCGCACGGAUAUGCUGCCGCAAAUCGAACAGGGAAAACAUCACUUCACAGCGAAAUUGUCCGUGCGCACACGGAAUGGACCAGAUUUAGUCUCCACAGACUUUACCUUCUUUGACUGUAGCACACAUUCGUCGUGCACACGCUGCGUGUCGUCGGAGUUCCCAUGCGAUUGGUGUGUUGAGGCCCACCGCUGUACGCACGACACAGCUGAGAACUGUCGCAACGAUAUUUUGGUGACGGGUGUUAGCCGAAUUGGUCCGAGUUAUCGUUCAGGCCCUGGCUUUUGUCCAACCAUCAACGCCACUGGGGACGGCAGUGAGGUUCUUGUUGCUGCUGGCACUAGUAAAUCGAUUAAAGUGAAAGUUCACAUUAUUGGCCAAUUUAUUGUACAAACACGGUUCGUUUGCCAAUUUAAUAUAGAAGGACGCGUCACCAGCCUAAAUGCCCAGUUGUUGGGCGACACCAUCUACUGCGAUAACAUGGAAUUCCAAUACACUUCACGUUCACCGAAUUUGACAGCCACUUUUGCUGUCAUCUGGGGUGGGUCGAAACCCCUUGACAAUCCUCAUAAUAUUCACGUUGUGAUAUAUCGGUGUCGCGACAUGGCUGACAGUUGUGGCAUAUGCUUGGCUCUGGCUGAGAAAUAUAACUGCGGUUGGUGCUCAUCGACAAACACAUGCGAAGUGGUUGAACAGUGCAACAAAAAUAAUGAGGGCAAAACGGAUUGGUUGAACCGCAGCGAGAUUUGUCCAAAUCCAGAGAUACAUUCAUUUGAACCAAAGACGGGACCCUGGGAAGGCGGCACAAAUAUUACGAUCAAGGGCAUAAAUCUUGGCAAGAACUAUAACGAUAUCUACUCGGGAGUACGAAUUGCAGGCAUUAAUUGUAUGCCAUUUCAACAGUUCUACAUUGAUACAAAGCAGAUUGUCUGCACUGUUGAUAGUCCCGGGGAACAGAUGUAUCGAAAUGGACGAAUUGUAGUUCAAAUCGGGGACUAUCGUGGCGAAUCAAAGGAAGAUUAUGAAUUUGUGGAUCCGAAGAUAUCGAAUUUCUAUCCGCGCUUCGGUCCCACAUCCGGCGGCACUCAGAUACGGAUUAUUGGCAAACAUCUUAAUGCAGGCUCACGCAUACAGGCUUAUAUAAAUGAUCAUUUGCCAUGCAAAAUCAUAAGUACAGACUCAUCGCAAGCCAUAUGUCGGACGUCACCGUCGCCUGGCAUUAUUGAGGGUCGCCUCAAAAUGUCAUUUGACAACGGACCGCGGGAGUUCAAUGACUACAAUUUCAAAUAUGUACUAGAUCCAACAGUUGAGCACGUUAGCUCGGGGCCGAGUGCACAGAUUAAAAUACCAAAGGGUAUACCAGCGGGCGGUAUUCGAAUCGUUGUUACUGGCACGCAGUUUACCAGUAUUCAAUCGCCAAGUAUUUACGUUUUGUAUAAUGGCCAGAUGUAUGCUAGCCAAUGUCGGGUACACUCCGAUACUGAAAUGAAAUGCCCAUCGCCAGUCAUCGAGGCAGAUAGUCAGACAUUAGACCCGGAUAAUCCAACAUUGCUUGAAUACGGCUUUCUCAUGGACAACGUACUCAAAGUGCAGAAUUUAUCGAAGAAGCACAAUAAUCAUUUCGAGUUAUAUCCGAAUCCAGAAUAUUUUGCAUUCGAAGAACGUGUGAAAUAUUUCAAAAGUGAAUAUCUAACCAUAAAUGGCCGUAAUCUAGAUCGAGCUUGCAAAGAAACGGAUGUUGAGGUGAAAAUCGGCAAUGGUUUUUGCAAUAUCACAUCAUUGUCACGGCAGCAAUUGACAUGCCGGCCACCGACCGAGGCCUCUGCUGCUAGCAACAGUCCCAGUGGCCCAGAGGUCAUCGUACGCAUUGGUUCGUCCUUGGAGUAUCGUAUUGGCAUCUUGAGUUACGAGUCAUCAAAUCUCAUUAUGGACUGGGGCGAUAAUGUUGUGUUUGUAGUCAUCGCCGGUUGCGUUAUAUUUCUUUUGAUAUUUGUUGCUCUGCUUGUGGCGUACCGAAAGAAGACAUCCGAAUCGAAUCGUGUCCUACGAAAUAUGCAGGAGCAAAUGGAUAUACUGGAAUUGCGUGUUGCCGCUGAAUGUAAAGAGGCAUUUGCUGAGCUUCAAACAGAAAUGACAGACUUAACUGGUGAUUUAACAUCGGGAGGCAUACCCUUUUUGGAUUAUCGUUCAUAUGCUAUGAAGAUCUUAUUUCCUAAUCAUGAAGAUCACAACGUCUUGCAAUGGGAGAAGCCAGAAUUAUUGCGCAAGGAGAAGGGGUUACGUCUAUUCGCUCAACUCAUUAUGAACAAAACAUUUCUAUUGCUGUUUAUACGAACCUUGGAAUCGAAUCGAUAUUUCUCAAUGCGUGAACGUGUCAAUGUCGCCUCAUUAAUAAUGGUUACCCUGCAAUCGAAGUUGGAAUAUUGUACCGAUAUUUUGAAGACCUUACUAAGCGAUCUAAUUGAGAAGUGCAUUGAAGGAAAAAGCCAUCCAAAACUAUUGCUUAGACGUACGGAAAGUGUAGCUGAGAAAAUGCUGAGCGCUUGGUUUACAUUCCUGCUCUAUAAAUUUUUAAAGGAAUGUGCUGGGGAACCAUUAUAUAUGCUGUUUCGUGCUGUUAAAGGUCAAGUGGACAAGGGUCCAGUUGAUGCGUGCACCCACGAGGCUCGGUACUCUCUGAGCGAAGAGAAACUUAUACGUCAAUCCAUUGACUUUCGGGCGAUGACUGUGAAUGCUAGCAUUAUACAACAGCCAAUAUUUUGCAAUAACUUAGAUAUGUUGCCCUCACACACUGAGAACGUAUCGGUUAAAGUUCUCGACUGCGAUACCAUUGGGCAAGUGAAAGAGAAAUGCUUGGAGACAAUAUAUAGAAAUAUACCAUCUAGCCAGAGGCCGCGUAAAGACGAUUUAGAUUUAGAAUGGAGAACAGGAGCAACGGGUCGUGUUAUCCUAUAUGAUGAAGACGCGACGUCAAAAACUGAAAGCGAAUGGAAAAAGCUCAAUACAUUGCAACAUUAUAAUGUACCAGACGGUGCUGGCUUGAGCUUAGUACCAAAACAAAGUUCCAUUUAUAAUUUUAGUAUAUUAUCCGAUAAAAAUGAGAAGUCCCAUAAGUAA